GCCAGUGGAGAGGCGGCGGUGGGGCCCCGCCCUCUGAUGGUCAUAAAAGGCUGAGCCCACAGGCUGGAGGAGGUGAGAACCACAGGAACGCAGCAGCAUUCGCAUCCUUCCGCAUCCUUCCCGCAGACCCUUCUGCAGACAGAACGCACUAGACCAUAGCCAUGGGCAGGACGCUGACUGUGAAGAUGAUGACCGGCCAGUCAUUUGAGGUGCCACUGACGGAGUCCAUGCAGCUGCAAGAGCUGAGGCAGCUCCUGGCCCAGCUCACCAGUGUGCCCGCCUUCCAGCAGCGCCUAAUCCUCAAGGAGAAUGGGAAGAGCAGGGUGCUGGAGGAUGGCCCCAGCCUCAGCAGCCAGGGCGUGCAGCCCAAUAGCAUGGUGGUGCUGGUGGUGGAAGACUGCAAGGGCUCCUUGAGCAUCCUGGUGAGGAACGACAAGGGCCGGAGCAGCCUCUAUGAGGUCAGGCUGACACAGAAGGUGGCGGAGCUGAAGCAGCAGGUGAGCUGCCAGGAGCAUGUGCCCACCGACCAGUUCUGGCUGAGCUUCCAGGGGCGGCCCCUUGAGGACCAGCAGCUGCUGGGGGAGUACAGCCUCACCAGCCACAGCACUGUGUACAUGAACUUGUAUCUCCGUGGAGGCCAAGACCACAUGCCCUGACUUGGACUUUUAAUCCUGGGGUACCAAGUUCAAUUCCUGACAUUGCAUAUGCUCUCUCUCUUCAGCCUUUCUCUUUCAUUAAUAAACAAAUAAAUAUUUUAAUGU